CGCAAUCAUUUUGAGUAGUGGAGUAUCUAUACAUGCACUCACAGUAACAGCUGCAAAUAUAGAAAAAAUCAAUAAGUGAAAAAUUAAUCACUCGGAAAGAGUACAGCAAUAUGCUACUGCAAAAAUUUGGAGCAGCGGCAAUGGCUAAAAAGUACAUGGUACUUGCUAUUUUAUUGGCAUCAGCGAAUUGUUAUGUGCACGCCUAUACUCCCAUAUCAAAGGAAAAUAUAUUUGCGGAUGUUUUACUUUCGGAAAUAUUGAGUCGUAUGGAUAAGGAUAUGGAUCCGCUUAACAAUAAUUAUUUCGAUAUGGACGCAGAUUUACCAAAAGCAGUUGAUUUAGUUUCACGUUCUUCUAAGAAUCACCCAUCCGAGGAUUACGAGUAUCGUAGCAUGUUUGGUGGUGCCUCACAUCCAUCAAUACGUGAUCAAGAAUAUUUGCCACAUAAUUCACUUUGGGGUCAUCAAUAUGUAUCUGGCGGAAUGGGUGAGGUACCUAAUCGUUACAAUACUAUUGUUAAGACCGAUGCUAGUUUACCUGCUUACUGUAAUCCACCAAAUCCAUGCCCAUUUGGUUAUGAGGAGAGCCAAGGUUGCAUAUCAGAUUUUGAAAAUACUGCUAUUUUUAGUCGUGAAUUUCAAGCAGCACAGGAAUGUACCUGUGAUAAUGAACAUAUGUUUGAUUGUGCUGGUCAGGAUAGGAGCGCCAAUAAUAAUGAAAUGACCUCUACAAUGGAAAAAUUUUUAAUGCAUCAAUUCCAGAAUGAUAAUGGCAUUGAUAAUACUAAUGCAGUGGUUAAGAAGUUUUAUAAUUUUGGUAAAUCUGACGGAAAUAAUCCUUUCUUACAAGGUGAGAAAUUGCCAAUUGCAGCCAAAAAAGGCGAUCAUAUUCAACUCUAAAUUAUUGCAGCAGCCAAUCGUACUUGUACUUACUUGAGAAACAAAUAAAUAAAUUAAAAAUAACAAAAAAUAACAAAAAAAAAA